AUGCUCGCCCGCACCAUCCUCGCCGCCCUCGUCAGCGCCGCCUGCUUCGCGACCGUCAACGCGCAGACCUGCAGCGCUGCCAACACGAAAUGCUGCCAGCAGCUCCAGGACCCGGAUAACCUUAAUGCCGAUGCCUUGAACCUGCUCCGACUGUUGAACAUAAACCCUAAUACCUUGACCGGCGCUGUUGGUUUGACCUGCACCAGUCUUGUCAGCGGUAGCUGCAAUGCGAAUGCUGCGUGCUGCAGUGGCAAUAACUACAACGGACUCAUUGUUCUUGGCUGCACCCAGAUCCAGGUGUAG